AUGUUUUUCAAAGCCGAUUUACGGUUUACUGAGAAUUUAAGGAUUCUAGCUGAAUUGUGGCUGUAUGCUGUGUGCUAUUUGGUGAACAAUUUGGGAACAAUAGCAAGGUCAGGGACCAAGGAGUUUAUGGAAGCUUUACAAGCUGGAGCAGAUGUCAGUAUGAUUGGACAAUUUGGUGUUGGAUUUUACUCUGCCUAUCUUGUAGCUGAGAAAGUUAUUGUGACUACUAAACAUAAUGAUGAUGAACAAUACAUUUGGGAAUCACAAGCUGGUGGGUCAUUCACUGUUACUAGAGAUGUAGAUGGUGAACAAUUGUGUAGAGGGACUAGAAUCACUCUGUUCCUCAAGGAGGAUCAGUUGGAAUACUUGGAAGAGAGAAAGAUUAAGGAUCUUGUGAAGAAGCAUUCUGAAUUUAUCAGUUACCCUAUUUAUCUGUGGACUGAGAAGACAAUUGAGAAGGAAGUGAGUGAUGAUGAAGAUGAAGAGCCAAAGAAGGAAGAAGAAGGAGCUGUUGAGGAAAUUGAUGAGGGGAAAGACAAGGAUGCUAAGAAAAAGAAGAAGGUCAAGGAAGUUACUCAUGAAUGGGAAUUGAUCAACAAGCAGAAGCCAAUUUGGUUGAGGAAGCCAGAGGAGAUCACUAAGGAGGAGUAUGCUUCAUUCUACAAGAGUUUGACAAAUGACUGGGAAGAACAUCUUGCUGUCAAGCAUUUCUCUGUGGAAGGGCAGCUUGAAUUCAAGGAAGUUCUGUUUGUGCCUAAGAGGGCUCCUUUUGAUCUUUUUGAUACAAAGAAGAAGAUGAACAACAUCAAGUUGUAUGUCAGGAGGGUGUUCAUUAUGGAUAAUUGUGAGGAGUUGAUUCCUGAGUAUCUUUCGUUUGUGAAAGGUGUUGUUGAUUCGGAUGAUUUGCCACUUAACAUCUCUCGUGAAAUGCUUCAACAGAACAAGAUUUUGAAGGUCAUCAGAAAGAAUCUAGUGAAGAAGUGUAUUGAAAUGUUUACUGCAAUUUCCGAGAACAAUCAUAAGAGCGUGUUUGCAACCAGAACAACUCUCCUUGUGCUCUCCAGUUCAGCAUGUUGACACUUGGUUAACAAACGUCGACUCUCGGGCUUUCUUUGUUGACUCUGGCUCAAUGCUCUCUGACUCUAAAGUACAGCCUUCUGACUCAAGGUCAGUGCACGCUGGCUCUCGAGUUCAACCUUCUGGUUAAGGGUUAAUUCACGUUGACUCUCGAGUUCAGCCUUCUGACUAGACGACAAUGCACGUUCACUUCUAAGCUGUGUUUCUAGUGUCCCAACCAAUUCAUCAGGAUGCUCCUUCCUCGUAUCUCUCUGUGAUGUUAUACAUGAAAGAGACGCACUAUGCUGUGGCGCAGUUCUUAUUCUCUGGUUUACCAGAAUGAAUUUUGUAUCAGAUGUUGUAAAUAACUGUUGAGUAUA